AUGCCGCGAGAUAUUCUGAGCGAUAGCCUGGCUGUGCUUAGAAUUGUUGAGAAAUUUAAAGCUGAUAUAUAUAAUUUUAGUGUUGGUGAAGGUGCAACGAAUCGUCAGUGUGAUCCCGUAUACCAAUUUAAAACAAAUAGCUUACCUGCAGCUUCAUCAAUGAGUCAAUCAUGGGACACCAUGGUAUGUUCCGUAUUAAGAAUUGCUCCAGAGGAUAUCGCAAAUCAGUUGUCGUUAUUGGAUCUGUUAUGUUUUAAAUCAAUCAAGCCUGAAGAGCUUACAACAUGUGGAUGGACAAAAUUAAACAAAUUAAUGGUAGCUCCUAAUGUAGUGGCCUUUACAAAAAGGUUUAAUAGGGUGAGUUUUUGGACUGUACAGGAAAUACUAAACGGUCAAUCACCUAAGGUGCGAGCUGAAACAUUGGCCCACUUUAUAAAGGUGGCAAAGAAAUUAUAUGACCUUAACAAUCUUCAUUCUCUUUUUGCUGUCAUCUCUGCUCUGACUAGUGCUAGUAUAUAUAGAUUGACAAAGACUUGGGCAUGUCUAUCCAAGAAAGAUAAGCAACAGUUUGACAAGUUGGCAGAGUUAUUUGGUGACAAGGACAAUUGGAUGACCUUGAGGGAAUAUAUGCGUUCUAUAUCUCUCCCGUGUAUACCAUACUUAGGUAUUUUUCUCACGGAUCUUGUAUACAUUGACAUAGCUCAUCCAUCUGGUUCGCCGCAUCGUGUUGCCAAGAUGGCGGUGGUGUUGAAAGCCUUGGAAAGAUACCAAACAUCUGAGUACACUAUAACACCAGUCCCACACGUCGCUAAUUACCUAAACAGCGUCCGAUACAUUGAAGAGCUUCAGAAGUUUCUAGAGGACGAUCAGUACAAGUUGUCUUUAAAGUUGGAGCCUCCAUCCCCUAUCGGCAGCUGCGCUGGUUCAAAGGAAUCAGUAAAAGAGGUCCAAGGUCCAUCAACACCAUUCACCUUAUCCCCUUCACACAGACUUGGCUCGGGAUCUCUAAGGCUCCAAGGGUCAUAUACUCAGGCUAAAUUCAUACCUACCCAUAGAAAAUGCCGGUCGCUGGGAUCCAAUAUCUUUGGUAAAAGUCACAGUGAAGAUAAAGAUGAGAGAACGCCGGCGGGUUCUGUUAAUUUGUUAGAUGACACGCUGUUGGAGUCACCGAGUUGGCCCACGGCUGGUGCUAAGACUUCAAAACCAUUGCCUUUCAGUGAUGGUUCGUCUGUUAUGGACUCAGUGGAGUGCGAGUUUCAAAGUUACGUCCGAAGAAAAACUAUCAUAAAAGAUGGAAGAAAGAUCUCUCUGUCAUCAUGGCAACGGUACUGGUUACAGAUAUCCGGGAAUGUUCUUAUUUUCUAUAGCUCAAAGACAUUCAAAGGAACUAGUCGUAACGACUUCAGCAAGGAGCGCUGUAAGGUGGUGGAACUACAUGACGGAUGGCGAGCAGUUCUCAUGGACUGCGAGGCUCAAGAUGCUUUCCAGCUAGUUGAUCAUCGAACUGGAACCAUAUAUAAAUUCAAAACUGGGAACGAAUCAACAGCGAAGCAAUGGGCGGCGAGGAUCAAUGAGGUUACCAACAAAUUGGUGACGCCGUUGCCAGCGAAUCUUAUGUCAUUCGAAUAA